UACUCGCUUACAACACACUCGACACGUGAUGUUAUCAAACGCUACAGGGGCGUAUAAAAUGUUAUGAGACCGCUCUGGAGAAGAAGCUCGUAAAACCGUACUGAUGUCUUUCUAUCGAAACACGGUUUGGUUCCUAAAAGGUCUACAGGAAUAUACAAAGUGCGGUUAUGAGGCAGCGGAGAGGCGCUUCAGCGCGGCGGAUCUGGAGGUGAGUGUGAGCGGCCGCUCGUUCAUCAUCACCGGAGCCAACAGCGGCAUCGGUAAAGCCGCCGCCUGCGAAAUAGCCAAAAGAGGUGGGACGGUACACCUUGUGUGCAGAAAUAAAGAUCGGGCGGAGGAGGCAAGAAAUGAGAUCGUGGAGCAUAGUAAAAAUGAGAAUGUCCAUGUCCACCUUGUUGACAUGUCCAGCCCCAAGAAAGUGUGGGAGUUUGCCAAUGGAUUCUCUCAGAACAACAGUCUACAUGUUCUGAUCAAUAACGCCGGCUGCAUGGUAAAUCAGAGAGAACUGACUGAGGAUGACCUGGAGAAAAACUUUGCGACCAACACUCUUGGGACAUAUAUUCUGACGACAGCACUGAUUCCCACGCUGAAAAAGUCACAGAAUCCGAGAGUGAUCACUGUGUCUUCUGGUGGCAUGCUGGUUCAGAAGUUGAACGUUGAAGACCUUCAGUUUGAGAAAGGCUCUUUUGACGGCACCAUGGCGUAUGCGCAGAACAAGAGACAACAGGUGAUCAUGACAGAACAAUGGGCAGCUCAGCACAAAGAAAUCCACUUCUCUUCCAUGCACCCAGGCUGGGCAGAUACCCCAGCGGUGCGGUCAUCCAUGCCAGACUUUUAUGCUAAAAUGAAGAACAAACUCCGUACUGAAGCGCAAGGUGCUGACACAGUGGUGUGGCUGGCCGUAUCAGAUGCUGCCAGCAGACAGCCCAGUGGCCUGUUCUUCCAAGACAGAAAAGCUGUUUCUACGCACCUGCCCCUGGCCUCCUCCAGGUCCUCUCCUUCUGAUGAGGAGAAGCUGAUGAGCACACUGGAGGAGCUUGCUGUUAAAUUCAAGUGCUAAUCGCUUAAGUUCAAAAUCAAAUGGUGGUCAAAUCCAGAGGCUUGAUGAUCAAUACAUCAUUCCACCGAGAGACCGUGAUACUCAUUCCUAAUCAUGGGAUUGCAGUGACCAGAGGAGUUAAUGAAUACUACACCAAAAAGGCUUAAAUGUGCAUGGACUUUUUGUCCCCUCUCCUAUGCAAAUACACUCCUCAAGAGACAAGGCAAGAAACAAAUACAUCCACCUCUGCAGCUAAUUAAAUGUGCACCCUGUAGAAUUGAGUUCUGAAUGUUUUAUAUAAGAUGGUUUGAAUUUUUGAAUAGAAAUUACAACAUGCUUAACAAUAUUUCCCAUGAGGACACACAAGUACUGUAGAGUUUUGACCAGCCCAUGCAGACAAAGUUAUGCCAUCAUCCUGUAUAACUAUAAAGAAAAUAAAUGACACUAUAAAUGUGAAAGGAAAUUUAUGAAACAAUAUUAUAGACAAGGGGUUUCCUCUUUAUACACACAAAUGAGUUUACAAACUGUUAACAAGCAAAUUAUUAAAUGACCAUUUGUGGCUGAUGAGAUGAUUCUUAAUAAAAUACUGAACACUAAAUCUCUCUCAGAAUCGUUUGGGAGUUUUAAUUGGUUCUUUAGUUAAAUUGUAUGAUUAUCACAGAUACUUUUUAACCACAGCAACUAAGAGAAUCCAUUUAUUGUCUUUAUAAGGACUACAUUGACAAGUAUCUAAGGAUAAGUGCUAAGCCACAGGGGGUGGUUUACUAUUUUCUGUUUUAUAGAAUUGAGCAAUUGCAGAACUGAAACUCUUCUUUCUCUAUGAAUAGUAUUAAUGUAAUAGGGAAAGUUAAUAUAGGUUGUGUGUGUCUGGAUUUAUGAGUGCCAAUAUAGUAAGGGAACAGAGAUGAAAAAAAUUACAUAUCUAUGAACAUAAAUGUUUGCAAGGACAUGGUAAAUGGUCUGCACUUAUAUAGUGCCUUUUUUAACCUUAGCGGUUCUCCAAAGCGCUUUACAAUGUGUCUCAUUCACCCAUUCACACACACACACCAAUGACAGCAGAGCUGCCAUGCAAGGCACUAGCCUGCCAUUGGGAGCAACUUGGGGUUCAGUGUCUUGCCCAAGGUCACUUCGGCCUGUGGGCCGCAAUUAGUGGUCAACCCGCUCUACCACCUGAGCCAUAGCCGCCCAUCACAGACAAACUACCUGUGAUAAUAUUUUUUUACAUUUGUUUAAAGAAAACAACAAAGGAACCUGCUGCAUUAAGACAGAAAUAAGAACAGACAGCCUGCUACAUGUUCUGUACAACCUUUAUUUCAAUCACAUUGAAGUACUGUCAGAGAUAAAAGAAAGGAUCAAAAAGACACUUGACUACCAUUUCUCUUCCCUGAGACGAGAUCUCAGAAAUACACUUUUUGGUCAGUUGGGUCAAUAAACAUGUAAUUUACUGAAUUUACAUGUAAGAAAAAUUUCUUCUCAAUAAAAAAAAUAUAUAUA